AUGGUGAGAUCAUCGGCUGAAAGCGUUCGAGCUAAUGAUACUCUCACGGAUGGUGAAAUACCUUGGGUUUACGACAGUGUGAGUCGCACACGUCUGUUUCCAUGGGAUGCGUUGUUUGGUGAGCUCUCACCAAAGUUAAAUGCAUCGCUUUUAUCCUGCUCUAGGCCACCUUGCAACUACACUAUUAUUACCACAGUGCAUGUACCGUAUCUUCCUUUGUGGAAGCGCAUUCGAAAUGCCGUGCAUGACGCAUUUUCCCGUUCUUUUUACGAGAAUAAUUUGAAACGCAGACCGCUGAAUAAGCUGAGGUUUGGAGACGUGGUUGAAGCACACGAGUAUCUGUUGUUUGUACCCCUCCAUGCAAGUUUGUGUUCACUUGUAACCUGUUUGCGGAAGCGGGAAGGAUACUGGAAGGAGAGGGUGAAGUCUAAUGGGGAAUUGAAGAACACUGGAAGGGACAAAUUGCUACGAUUGGGCGUUGAUGCAUCUGUAUCGGGUCUCGCAAAGGAUAUGUACUUUAUUCUUCACUGGCUUUUGGAUAUCUGCUGGGGAAGGGAUGUGGUGAGGCAGUGUCAUUACAAUGACAGCUUUGGAUCAUCCAAAGAAGCACUGAAUCCAGGUGAGGCAAGGUUGAUACUUUUUUUGGCCGCUGUUGGCAUAAUUCCAGGAGCUGCGAAGCACCUCUCGCACGUGUUGCGCCGCCGGAGUUGCUUCGUAGUAAGAACUAAAAGGCGGAGGGUGGGUUGUGGCAAAGUUGGCCGGAUGCAGCUUACAUCAGGUGGUUUGGUUGUCUCUGACGAAAAUAGAGGGCUAAUACAGCGGUUAACGAAUGCUUUUUUGAACUUUGAGGUCCCUUGUUGCUGCUUUGGCGGGCUGACUAAACCGUAA